AUGGAAAAUUCGCAUUCGUGGCGAAGAUCAAAUAAAUCGGCAUUAAUAUCCAAAAUUCAAGAUGCAUACAACUUUGUUGAAAACAUAUUUCCAUCUGAUUAUAAGGAUGUUGAUUUAAAUUCAUCGUGUAUACAUGACGUCACAGGUGCUGGUAUUCAAAAGGUAUUGAGCAAUGGCUCACAUUUGUUGAUUAAUGAAGAAGCGGAUUCAAACAUGUCAAAACUGGGCUUAUAUCAAUUAGGCAAUCAAUGCGCAGCUCCGAACAGAGCUCUAUUUUGUCAAUAUUUCGAUGGACUUAAAAAUCAGUGGAAGGUAACUGCGGGUUAUCGAUUUAAAGUCCCAAGGGCUCGAGUAGCAUCUAUUGGUGCAACAACCGGAACCCAUUUUCCAUCGAUAAUAGUUAAAUUUCUUCAAAAUGCUAUACCUAAUGGUCAACAAUUGAUGAUAUCUGGUGUUAGUAUAUCUAAGGCAUCGUUCUAUGCAAAAGGUGCUGAACUAUUACCACGUGUGAUUGUUAGUUUAACACGCUUUAAACAAUCAUUAUUUGUAUUAUUCAAAUUGAAAGAAGGUGGGCAUAAAGUGACAAUUGACAAAGGAUUUAUCGAUGUCAUCAUUAAAUGUGUUGCUGAUAAUCUGGGCAUAUUUUGUGAUGGUGGAGAAGAACGUUUCUGUUAUGUCAACAUCAAAAAUUGUGAAGAAGGCUACUGUUUAUUCUCGAUAUAUUUACUUGAAACUGCAUUGCGACUUUUUGACACAACAACACAACAAUUCUCGAGUGGCCCAUUUGCUGUAGGUGAGCAACCUGCUGGAAUUGGUUUAUUACAAAUUGGUGAACGGAAGUCGCUGGAACAUCGUUUGUUGGCAAUGCCUUACCGUUUCUUUCUGAAAAGUGAUUUGUUUGGGAAAAUAAGUGGUCCGAAUGGUACUAAAGUAAACGAUCCAUUUCACAACGAUAACCCUACUGAUGUUUCAUUAGCUUUGGACAUAUUAGUGUCGAAACAGCUACUAUCAGCUGGUGAAUAUCUUCGAAAAACGAAAGCUGCCCUUAAUAAGCCCUAUGGUAAGUGUUUGGUGAAAGAUAAUCCGGCUAUUACUUCAUAUUUGAAAUCGAUUGGUAUUGAUGCCGAUGGUUAUCGUCGUUCCCUUAACUCUUUACCAGUUAAGCCUGUGAACGCUAUUUUGUUGCCAGGUGGCGAAGCUUUUGUGGCUGCUGAUGCUGGCUCGAUUAACAUGAGUACAGAAGCUGAUACGCUUGUACACUCAGCUGCUGAUGUUUGGCCGUACAUUGAAGAGUUAACUGCACCCGAACAAAAUGGUUUGUCAUUAUUAGCAACAACCAGUGCCGUAACUAGUUUCACUGCAGCGAAUCAUGAAUAUCCUAUGCUAAAGAACAUUGCAGCUGAAACAACUGAUAUUGUUGGUGUUACUGCAUCAACACAAAGUUCAGGUUUGAAACGUUCUUCUGAAGAAAAUGUUGUUUAUUUGAAAUAUUGGUAA